AGGCUGGGUCCCAGUCCCAGGUCCCUGCUGUCCCCAAGCAGCUGCCAGUAGGGCAGUGAGAGGGACUAAGGAAUUGACAGCUGCUCAUGUUUCAGGGCAGAGCACGUGUGUCUGUCUCAGAGCUGCAUUCCCUUCCCCGGCUUCUUCUGCUCUGCUGCAAUGUGAGCGGGGAGAAUGGGGCAGGUCGCUUGGAAAGGCUUGUUCCUGUCUUUCUUUGACUAUAAGACUGAAAAAUAUGUCAUAGCCAAGAACAAAAAGGUGGGGAUUUUAUUCCGGGUUGUACAGCUGUCAAUUCUGGCUUAUCUAGUAGGGUGGGUGUUUGUGGUUAAGAAAGGAUACCAAGAAACCGACACUUCCAUACAAAGCUCUAUCAUCACCAAGCUGAAGGGAGUCGCUUUCACGAACACUUCUGAACUUGGCGAGAGACUAUGGGAUGUAGUUGAUUAUGUUAUCCCCCCUCAGGGUGAAAAUGUAUUUUUUGUAGUUACAAAUUUGAUUGUCACCCCUAACCAGAGACAAAGCACGUGUCCUGAGAGUUUUGGGAUCCCAGAUGCAGAAUGUUCAAAGAACAGUGACUGCCCAGAGGGAGAGCCCGUUGUUGCAGGCAAUGGUGUUAAGACUGGACGUUGCCUUAAGACAGGAGCAGUUAAUGCAACAGGCACAUGUGAGAUAUUCGCAUGGUGUCCCAUAGAGAAGAAGAAGAAGCCAAAGACACCAUUGCUGGGCAAAGCAGAAAACUUCACAGUCUACAUUAAGAACUCAAUACGCUUCCCAAAAUUUGAUUUCUCCAAGACUAAUAUUCUAGAGACUGACAAUGGUUCCUACUUAAAGACUUGCCGCUACAGCAAAGACGACCACUACUGCCCCAUUUUUCACUUGGGAAAGAUUGUAUCAUGGGCCGGCAGUGAGUUCCAGAGCAUGGCAAUUGAGGGUGGAGUAAUUGGCAUUCAGAUAGAGUGGAACUGUAACCUCGACAAGUUGGCAUCUGAAUGUCACCCACAUUAUUCCUUCACUCGCCUGGAUAAUAAGUUCACUGAGAAAUCUGUCUCCUCUGGAUACAACUUCAGGUUUGCCAAAUAUUACCGAGAUGCCAAUGGGAAUGACUAUAGAACUCUGAUUAAAGCUUACGGCAUCCGCUUUGAUAUUAUGGUGAAUGGAAAGGCUGGAAAAUUCAACAUCAUUCCAACUAUUAUCAACAUUGGUUCCGGAUUGGCACUGCUAGGCGCGGGGGCAUUCUUCUGUGAUCUUGUGCUGCUGUAUCUAAUUAAAAAGAGCAACUUUUACAGGGACAAGAAGUUUGAGGAAGUAAAAUCAGCUUCUAAGAUGUCCCUGAAUCUCAAAGUCAACGGAAAACCAAAAUCUAAGAGCCAUAAUGACUUGGACCAGAUAAAACUGCAGUCCGUUGAAGCCUAAGCACUCCAUGCAACAAUUAAGGCUAUUCAUGGAACUACAAUAAAGGACAAAGUGAUCUGGAACAACAGAAUAUGCUGACACCCACAUUUGGGUGCUUCUUAAUUUGCAUUAAUGACUUUUUCUACCAUCCGCUGAUGCACUGCAUUACCCAACCAAACUGUAGUGCUGGAAAAUGUAAUAGCAUCUACACUAAAGUCUUCUGAUAAGUCCUACUGCUGUCCUCUUGGAGGUUAGCAAUCUAGUAGUAGAAUAUUGCGGUUGGGUGGGGAAAUAAUCAAUGUUAUAUUGACACCAAGCAGAAUGCACUUUACAUAAUGGCUAGUCUUCUCUUUCUCUACUAAUUUGUUCCUCCCAUAAAGGGGACAUUCGGCACCACUAGGAGAUAGAAUGCUCUUGCAUAACCUAUUUGUUUGCAUAGGAUAUUCCACCAGUUGAUAGAACAGCAAUGCAAGCAUAGUGUUCCCCAAACCCAAACCCCUUUUAGUAGAAGUCAUUUAGACUUUAACUGGACCAAAUAGUUGAACCCCGAUGCCAUAGUUUAGAAUGGGAAGGGAGAUAUUUUCUUUGGUCAAAUGGGGCUGUCUGUUGGCUAACUAUUUAAUGUAAAAAACAAAUACACGUUGAUGACCUUUUAUAACCACCCAAGAAUUUUCAGGAGACACCUGAUUUUGUAACAUGGUAGAGGCAGAGCAAGGGUUAGGGUUGAAGUGUAACAGGGCAUGGUCCAGGCAUAACAAACCAGGGUUUGGGAGUGUCCAAAAAUCACCCACAUUAGUUUCACAGGAAGCCGACAUAUUUGAAAAACCACAAAGCUUGCAUUUUUAAACGGAACAUGAAUCUCUUAGCCAAUAAAUUUGUGAGUUGCUGGUUGACCUCGAUCCACAGCCUGAGGGGCGUUGGGUUCUAAGUUGCAGGAUCCAUAGUGCAUUUGGAUUGCAAAUAAACAUUCAGACAGCCCUGGAAAACCCUUUGCCCUCAGCUGUUAUCCAUAAAAAUGUCUCUACUGCAUCUGAAGCCAGCAUGGUGUAACUGCCUCCAUAUAACACCAUUCAGUCCAUCCAAUGUAUGCACAUACAGGUUCUAUCGUUCAUCCAAAGUAUGCACGAUAGAGUUUACCCUAAAGUGUGGGCAGAUGGCUGGGAAAUGCUGAGACCAUGCAUAUUAUGGUUACUUAGAGAAUUUGUGUAGCACCCAAAGCUGUAUCUGUAGUACACACAGAUACACUGUCCAACCCAUGUAUGAACAUAUUGGAAUGCACCAUAGCAAAUGAAUGCCUUAACAUCUCAUUGUUUGUUGUUACAGCAGAAAAAGUGGCCCAGGAAAAUCUAGGCUAAUUAUCUAGGCUAGGUGGCUCAGUCCAACUAUAUCCCAUUGAGGCAUUAAAUAUAAGCAGUGACAAUACCAGCUCUGUAGCAAAGGUGGGGAUAUCAGAGCUUCCUAUGAACUGAAUAUGUCAAUUAGGGAUAUCAGACCCACAGCUCUCCAGCUCUAAUGAACUACAGCUCCCAGAAUCCCCAGUGAGCUGGCUUGCUGAAGAUGCUGGAAACUUGAGGACAUAACAGCUUUAAGGCUACAUGUUUGAUAUCCCUUUGGUAAACUUUUAAUUAACAGUCAGAGGAUAAAAUAUUAAUUAUUCUGUUUUGUUGCAUAUAUGUUUGUAUAGCUUUGCCAUGGUGUGAAUUUCAAUACAAAAUAGCUGCAGUGCAGCACCAAAA